AUGUUGCUCGUUUCCAACAGUUUACAGCGUAUUUCGCAACGCAUUUUGCAAAUUACAAUACGGACGAUGUAUGAGAAUCCGUAUAUAAAGACGUUUAAACCUAAAAAGUCUCCCUCACCGACUUUUCAUAAGCAGACAACGGGAUUAACUGGCUUAUUUGUUGAUGAAUAUGCACAUCAAAAUUUGUUGAAAGAAUAUGGCCGAUUAAUGAAAAUUUUGGAACAGAUACCUUCAUAUUCGUCAUACCGGAAAUAUACGGAACAGCUUGUAAAAAAGAGGAUGGCAUUAGUGCGAGAGGAACCAGAUAUUCAGAAACUGGAAGAAAAAAUUGGUAUGGGACAGAUUGAAGAAGUUAUCAUACAGGCAAAGUAUGAAAUAUUAGCAGCAAAAGAAAUUUUGAAAAGUCAAGCCUGGGAACCUUUAGUGGAAAAGGCUCCUGAAGGUCAAUGGAAUUGGCCUGUUGUAUAA